AUGGGAAAGUUGGAAAUUUUGCAAAAGCUCUACGGGGUGUUUCGCAGGUUUAAAGCUAGAAACGUGGUUACAUGGACACUAAUUCUCUCUAUUCUCACAGAGUGUGAGUGGCCUGAAGAUGCGUUAAUAUUGUUUUAUAACAUGCAACAUGGGGAUGUUGUUCCAGACGAAACUACCUUUUCUGUAAUGCUGAAUGCUAGUGCUGUAUUAUUCUCUGUGAAAUUAGGAAAUACGUUUCAUGCACUUGUAGAGAAGAAUGGAUUCAAGGGUCAUAAGAAUGUCGAGGAUGGCUUGAUGAUCAUGUACUUAAGGACUGGCGACAUUAAAGCUGCUGCAAAACAUGUUUUUAGGUAUGACGACGACUUAUCAUCGUGA